UGCUACAGCCGGAGCUGGGCGGUGGCGGUGGUGGCGGUGGCGGCGGCGGCGGCGGUGGGUGCUGGGGCAGGAAUCUCGGGGAGCCAGAGGCGGUGGCGCAAUGGAGGGUCUGGAAGAAAAUGGGAGUGUCCAAGUGGGAGAGUUGUUACCUUGCAAGAUUUGUGGAAGAACGUUCUUUCCAGUGGCAUUAAAAAAGCAUGGACCAAUUUGCCAGAAAACUGCCACUAAAAAACGGAAGACUUUUGAUUCAAGCAGACAAAGAGCUGAAGGAACUGAUAUUCCAACAGUAAAGCCUCUUAAACCUAGGCCUGAACCACCAAAGAAACCAUCUAAUUGGAGAAGAAAACACGAAGAGUUCAUUGCCACCAUAAGAGCAGCUAAAGGCCUUGAUCAGGCACUUAAAGAGGGUGGAAAACUUCCUCCUCCUCCUCCACCUUCUUAUGAUCCUGAUUAUAUUCAGUGUCCAUAUUGCCAGAGGAGAUUUAAUGAAAAUGCAGCUGAUAGACAUAUUAAUUUCUGUAAAGAACAGGCAGCACGUAUUAGUAAUAAAGGCAAAUUUUCUACUGAUACCAAAGGAAAGGCGACUUCUCGGACACAGUAUAAGCCGCCUGCACUUAAAAAGUCAAAUUCUCCUGGAACUGCACCAUCAGGAUCUUCACGAUUACCACAACCAAGUGGCGCUAGCAAAACUGUUGUAGGUGUGCCUUCAGGUAAAGUGUCUUCAGUUAGCAGCUCUUUGGGAAACAAACUUCAGACCUUGUCUCCCUCACAUAAAGGGAUAGCAGCGCCUCAUGUAGGUAAGAUGGACAAAUUAGCCCCUCCACUUCGAACUGGAAGACAUGUCCAAAGGUUGUAUGACAGUGAUACAAAAUCAGACAGUGCCAUCAAAAGACAUGAGUUAUUACCCAUUUACAAAACCAACAUCAAACCUCGAAAUUCCACACCACCUAGUUUGGCACGGAAUCCUUCCUCAGGUGUGCUUACAAACAAAAGAAAACCAUAUACUGAGAGCUACAUAGCCAGAGUGAGAGAGAACAUGACUGGGGGAGAGGGGCAGAAGAAGAGGGAGAAGCAGACUCCCCACAGAGCAGGGAGCCUGAUGCGGGGCUCCAUCCCAAGACCCUGGGAUCAUAACCUGAGCCGAAGGCAGAUGCUUAACCGACUGAGCCACUCAGGCGCCUGUAGAUCUUACCAUGCCAGAUGGAGACUAUAUAUCUUCGCUUAAUGGCGGAAACAUUAAAGGCAUGGAAGGAAAUUCAACAGGACACUUACCAAAAUUCUGCCAUGAGUGUGGGACUAAAUACCCUGUAGAGUGGGCGAAGUUUUGCUGUGAAUGUGGCAUUCGAAGAAUGGUUCUGUGAAUAGAGCUCAAAAGAAAAAGCUAAGUCCAGAAUUUUAUGACUAUUGCUGCUUGGACAGAUAGAGCACUUCCUUUAGUGAUUUUAUGCUAAAAUUAUUCAAAAUACUUUUUUCAGCAGUUUUUGGAGCAUAAUUCUUUGGCUGUGUAAUGUGUGUGUGUAUAUAAAUGUGUGCAUAUACUGUAUAUAAUAAAUACCUGAUGCCCCAAACUGUGCCAUUCAAGGAAAUAGUCACUCAUCUGUCACAAAAUAAUUUCAAGUGGAAUCAUUAACUUAGGUUUACUUUUCUGUUAUUAUUUUUAAAGCACAUUAAGCACACCGUCACAAACUCACAUGCCAGUGCUCAGCCCUUCAAGCUUUAGGAUGAUCAUUACUUGGAGCAAAACAUCAGAACAAACAUUUUUAUUGUCGAUUCCUGUUUUCACAUCAUAGAGUUUGGGAUGCUUGCAAUUUUGGAAAUGAAGAGAGUAUUUUCAGUUACAGUUAGUUAUGUAAGGACAUUUUCCUGUAGAGCUCUUUAAUAAUUAAUUUUAUAAAUAUUAAAAAAAAAGAAAGGAAUUAAACCUCUGCAGGUCUAUGUUGUCCUUUACUCGGUAUAUCAUUAAUUAUGUAAUUUAGAGAUCUUUAUUCAUUCUUUAAAAUGUAAUUAUGCAGUUUCCUUUUCAGAGACACAAGACUGAAAAAUACAAAUGUAUUUUAUUCCAGUUAUAACUGAAUGAUGUUUUCUUUACCUCUGUGUGUUAGUUGAAUGUAUAUUCUUUCUAUUUCUAAUUGUGUCUCCAUAUUUCACUUUUUUCUUUUUUAUAACCUCAUGUCUGAGGAGUUUUAAUUUACUACUUCUUUAUUUUUGCAACAUUUGAAAAUAAUUAUUUAAUAUAAGAGGCACAAAAUUCCUUGCAAAAUUCUACAUGUUUAUUUCUGUGUCUGAAUUUAGAAGAAAUUAUUUUAAUGGAUUUAAAAAAAAAACACCUCACCCUAAUAAAUAAUUUGGAUAAUUAAUCACUACUGCUGGGCCUGCAGGUAAAAAAUAUUUUAAUUUUUUAAUUUUAAUUUCCCUUGAAGUAUAGUUAGAUGUAGUGAUGCGUUCGUUAAGAGACUAAUUUUUCCUACUUGUAUUUUCUUUUUAGUGUUUAAUACUGAAACACAAUUCACAUCACAGUAAAAAAAACCUCUGAAAAUGCACUGCUUUAAUGCAUAGCUGACUUAUGUAAUUAAACAUUCACAAAAACUUAAUUACACUUUAACUUUGGCUAAAAUACAGCUUUUAAUCAUUGUCACUUUCAGUGUGACAGUAUUUAGUAGUAGAUUCUUUGAUUGCCUGUGUGGCCAUGUUCAGUCGCUCCUUAGUAAUUUCUGUAGAAUGGAAAGAGAGCUUUGAUCUUAUUACAAAGGUGUAAGCAAAUCCUUUAUAGGCCAUUUCUAGCUUCUCAUUUAUGAUUGUGAUCAACUAUAAGGGUUAAUGUAGAUAUUUGUGGUUUUUAAUUUUAUUUAUGCUCUUUAUAAUUGUAUUCAUUAGGUUUUGUUUUGUUUUUUUUGGUUUUUGUGUUUGUUUGUUUUUUCAUUCAGUCAGGGGAUAUAAACUUUGAGGUAAUGGGAAUUGUUUUAUUUACCUUAUAGUUUCUUUCCUGACUUUUCAUUAACCUUUUUUAAUCUGUUUGUCUUUAUUCAGUCAUAUUGGUCUAAAAAAAGAGUCCAUUACCUAGAAUAAGCUGUAAUUAAUUUAGGAGAAUAAUGUACAUAUUAGAUUUUCAUUUCAAUAAUAUAUGUUAUUCUUUCCUGUUAUAAAUCAUAUGAAGAACUUUAAACUUUGUUUUCCCUGGAACUGAGCACUAUUUUUCUUCUUCCAAGUUUUUUUUUUUAAGACCACGUAAUUUUUGCCCAAGGAAGGGGUAGAUAAAUGAACUUAAACGAAGUGGCACAUGUUUGUUUCUCACAGAAUUUUGCAGUAGCCAGUAAAUGUUAUAAUGUACUACAUGGAAAAUGAGUUCGUAAAAAAAUCAUCCAAUUCUAGAACCCAGAGAUUAUUAUAAACAGUAAGUAGGUGAAGUAUACUUAUGAAUUAUGAAACAUGUUGUGGCAAUGUAUUUAAAUGCAUUUUUGUAUUAAUUACAUAUAUUAUUCUCACAUUGAUUUGUUGUGCAAUAGUUCAGGUUAUAAGAAAUUUUCCUAGAUCUAUGCAUCAUUUACUUUAUUUUUAUUUAUUUUCACAAGUAUUUGCCAGUGUGGUAGAAUUAAAAAAAAAUGAUUGUAAGCUUAAAUUAAAAAUGUAAAAAUCGCUUAUAUAUUAUUCUGAAAGUCAUUAGCUUGAAAAAAUAAGAUUAUUAUGGUUGCUGUUGUCUCUUGUUCACUCUUUUUUAUUACAAAUACUGUCUUCAUUUUUGAACCAAUUCAAUAAAGACAUAAAGCAAAAAAAAUUUUCAAUUGGUCUUUAUUGAUGUCUUAGUUUUUAGCCAGACAGAGGUAGUAGAAAGAUAAGAGCAUACUGAAAUAUGAAGAAGAUAUUCAAAGUCAAAAUACAGAUUUUUUUUUAUUUUUUUAUUUUUUAUUUUUUUAAAAGAUUUUAUUUAUUUAUUUGAC